CCAUAUUCAUCACAAACAAACAAUCACAUUCAUCAUUUCAUUCAAAAAAAAGAAAAAAAAGUGAUCCAAGAAAAAAAAAUGGGUAGCCUCACGCGUCUCAUAGUCAUUCUCUCCAUUUUGGCAGCCAUAACUCUGAAAUCAAACUCUCAAUACCUUCUUCCUAUCACAAAACACGAACCCACAAAUCAAUUCUACACCACUCUCAACAUCGGAUCCGCCACAAAAUCUCCCGUAAACCUCCUCCUCGACCUCGGAACAAACCUCACCUGGCUCAAUUGUCGUAAACUCAAAUCUGUAUCAUCACUCCGCCUAGUCACGUGUCAGAGCUCCACAUGCAAGUCCAUCCCCGGUAAUGGCUGCGCCGGCAAAUCCUGUCUUUACAAGCAACCAAACCCUCUCGGUCUAAUCCCCGACGUAACCGGCCGUGUCGUCCAAGACAGAGUCUCUAUCUCCACCACAGACGGCGGUAAAUUCCUCACCCCGGUUUCAGUACCCCGCUUCACAUUCUCCUGCGCCGGUGAGAAAGCACUCCACGGCCUUCCUCCUCCAGUCGCCGGAGUUCUUGCUCUUUCUCCCGGAUCUUCGUCGUUCACGAGACAGGUGACGUCAGCGUUUAACGUUAUCCCUAAAUUCUCUCUCUGCUUGCCUUCUUCCGGCACCGGUCAUUUCUAUAUCGCCGGCGUCCAUUACUUUAUCCCGCCGUUCAACAACAGCAGUUUUCCGAUUCCGAUGAUUUUCACGCCCAUUAGAGGCGUUGAUUCAGGAGAUUAUCUACUCAACGUCCUCAAUAUAUACGUUGGCGGGACUCCCUUGUCGUUGAAACCCAAUUUGCUUAAUGGUGGAGCUAAACUCAGCACGGUGGUUCCUUACACCGUACUCCACACCGACAUCUACAAUGCUCUUGCUGAGUCGUUUACACUCAAGGCAAAGGCAAUGGGAAUAUCUAAGGUUCCAUCGGUGGCGCCGUUUAAACAUUGUUUCGAUGCAAGCACUGCCGGAAAGAAGUUGACGGGGCCUAACGUGCCGGUGAUAGAGAUUGGUUUGCCGGGGAGGAUAGGGGAGGUGAAGUGGGGGUUCUACGGUGCGAAUACCAUGGUAAAAGUGAAGGAAACAGUGAUGUGUUUGGCGUUUAUCGACGGUGGCAAGAAACCGAAGGAUUUGAUGGUGAUUGGGACGCAUCAGGUUCAAGAUCAUAUGCUCGAGUUCGAUUUCAGUAGAACGGUUCUCGCUUUUAGUGAGUCACUCUUGCUUCAAAACACAAGCUGCUCCACUUGGCCUUCCCAAAAGUAGAGUCAAUCACACAUGGAUCAUCUUUGACUUUUCAAUUUAGUACACUUCUUGGUAUUGUAUGACACGUUUUCCAUGACACAUGUGUGUUCUUAUCGAAAACAAAAAAAAAAGAAAAUUAUCACCCUUUUCUCUUGAAUAUCGUUUAUUUUAGGUAUACUA